AUGUGUGCCCCAUUAUAUGACAAAAAUACUGAUACUAUCGGCUAUGAACGUAUAUGGUUAGAUACAAAAGUUCGAUUUAAUGAACAGAUCGCAAUUUAUAAUGAACUUCUUGCACUAAAAAUUUCGAAAAAUAAUAUUUCAAUCAAACGUUUACAAGCAGCAAUAAAUGCGGUCGUUAGAAAACAUAGUGUAUUAAGAACAUCAAUAUUAUAUGAUUCUACUAAGGAAUAUCUGAAGCAAUGUAUAAAACCAAUGUUCGAUGAUAUAGAACAAUUAUUUUACGCAUUUAAUGUAACAUUUAUUGGCAGCGAAAAAGAUUACCGAGAAAUUGUACGCACGCAGCAAGUCAAUACCUCCUUGCUGAACUUGGAUGAAGGAAUUCUUCUACAUUGUCACAUUUUUCGUUUCCAUAAAUCGGCCAGUGAGAUGGCUCAAACAAGAGAAAUUUCCGAUGAUGUAUUAAAUAUAAACGAUCGAAUUGUAUUUCUCUUUCAUCACAUUGCUUUUGAUGGCAGUUCCGUAAAAAUAUUUAUGGACGAUCUAUGUGUAGCAUAUGAGAGUGAUCAGAAUCUUGUUCCAUUGGCUCUUCAAUAUAUUGACUAUUCAGAGAAUGAACGUAUGAUGGAUAUGUCUACUGCAAGACAAUACUGGAAACAAACAUUAGAUCAAUGGUAUUUGGAUAAUAACACAGUAUAUCAAUUAGAUCUGCCUUAUGAUCAUAAAGAACAAUUCGGUCAUACACGAAGUGGUAAAGGCUUUACAGUAACAUUUAGCUUAGAUCAGUUACUAACAAAUCGAAUGCUUAUAUAUGCUGGUGAAAAGCAAGUAACUUUAUUUCAUUUAUAUCUAACAAUUUAUUACGUCUAUCUGUUCAAACUAACAGCCGGUAAUAACCGACAAAUUUGUGUCACUAGUCUUAGCGCAAAUCGUUAUGCUCAAGUGUUGCAAUCAUUAAUCGGUAUGUUUGUGAACACAAUACCAUAUUGUUUCAAGAUAGAUUCUUCAUUAUCAUUCGAACAGCAAUUAAAAAAUGUUCAACACUUGUGUUUUGAGAUAUUACCGCAUACAUGUUUACCUCAUCAGGAAUUGAUUCAUUUGUAUAAUCAAUAUUUAACCCAGAACGAAUCACAAGAUAGUCUAUUACAAACAUUUAUUCAAAUAGAAAUAUCACACUUAAAUAAUCAUAACAACUGGUGCACAAUUGUGACAUCUGAUAUUGAAAGAAUAAUAGCAAAAUGUGAUUUAUUGUUGAGAAUAGAUUAUACUCCGUCUCAAAAACAAAUGUUAGUCUCAUUCACAUGUACCACCGAUUUAUUUGAACAUCAAACUAUUCAGACAUUGGCAGAUAGAUUUCAUACACUUUUAAGGCAAUUAUUUUCUCCAAAUUCAACUUUUAAUCUAGGAGAACAACCAAUUUAUGAACUCUCAAUUUUACUACCAAGAGAAAUACAAAUGAUAGCUGAUUUGAAUGAAACGCAUGUGACUUUCAAUGUUGAUCGUUCUUGGAAGCCAAUACACGAAGAAUUUUUUCAUCGUGCAGAAGAGUAUUCACAGAAGUUGGCUAUUCUACUAGAUGAACAGUCGUUAACAUAUGAUGAGACUGCAUAUUAUGUUAAAAAUUUAGCAUCAUAUCUUAUUGAUAAACAUCGUGUUAAACCAAACGAUGUCAUCUGUCAGUAUGUUGAGAGAUCGAUAGAAAUGGUUUUGGGAAUACUGUCAAUCUUAACAGUAGGUGCUGUUUAUUGUCCAUUAAAUCCAGAUGAUCCUUGGAAACGCACAAGUUCAUUGAUUCAUGAACUGCAGCCAAAAUUAAUAUUGUGCCAUUCAUUAACUCGUACAAAACUUCAAGAAAACUGUGAUUGUAUUAUUGUUGAUAUUGAAAAUGUUUCAUAUAUUGAUCAUUACAACGAUUCACGGAAUCCACAAUUCAAUUUACUAUCCAAUGUUAAAGUAUCAACUUCUAAUACAGCCUAUUUGCUAUUUACGUCUGGUUCAACUGGAUUGCCAAAAAUUGCGGCAUUUUCUCAUGAAAACUUUCUCUGUUAUCUACAAUCAACCCUUGCUGAUCACUUGAAUGAUAGCUUUGAUCUGGUCAUGCAAUGCACGUCUUGCAGCUUCGAUUAUCAUAUUUCAGAAAUAAUUGGAACAUUGCUUUUGGGCUGUACAGUCGUUGCGAUUAGACCUAAUGGAAACAAGGAUGUUACGUAUUUUGUUCAAACGCUUGCCAAACACCAUGUUACCUUUGUUGCCCUACUUCCAUCGUUGAUGCAUAUUGUUUACACUUAUGUAAAAGAAACUCAUCUGUUCCAUAAGAUGCUGUCUAUACGAGCAAUAUUAACUGGCGGUAUGUAUUAUGAUAGACGAUCUAGUUCUGAUUAUUAUUAG